AUGACCGAGGAACAGCUGAAGAAUUGCUGGGAGAUGGAGAAGUGGUACCCUCUCGGCAGAUUGCUCACGCCGCGUCUGUGCGCAUGACAUACUGGUGAAUGGCAGUUGGUCGAAAGUGGGCCGGGCACCGGACAGUUAAUGCUCGAUUUGACGCGUGUCUUGAAACAGCUUAAGCACACACAAGUAUCCGUGCAUCUCGUCGAAACUUCCGAUGCCUUGGUCCUUCAACAGGAAUCUUUGCUUUGUGAACAGCAAUCGCAGUUUGUUGUUGACAAGCCGUAUAUUCGAUCCAAUCGUACCAGAUACGACUUCCCCGUUUACUGGUAUCGUAGUGUCGAUGAUAUCCCUGCGAAAUUCUCAGUAUUCAUAUGCAACGAAUUUCUGGACGCUCUGCCGAUAAAUCAGUUUAGGAAAGAUGCUGAAGGCAAAUGGCAUGAAGUUUGUGUUGCGCUCGAUACAAAUGAUAACCUGUGUUUCAUGUUAUCGAAAGCCGAAAAUCUGCACACCUUGUAG